GCUGAGCUCCGCAAGAGUUGGGUUUGUGCAGAUCAAAAAUAUUCACAAUGAUAUUUCCAGUGUUUCUUGUCUCCUUUCUCCUGAUCGCUCAGAAUAAUGCUCUUACUGGUAGAGGAAGAGAUAAAGACAGCCCAUUUCGAAUGAACAAGCUCAAUAUUGUUUGGCAGAAAGCUCAAAAGAAGAUGUCCGUACAAAAGUUGGCUGACUUACGCCGUUUACUAGAGCUACAAGACAGGGCUGAAAUAAAAUGGAAGGAUGUAAAAGCCUACGGAGGAGACGAAGACGGGGAAAUGGAGGCCACGUUGAGAAGAAAGUUUUACCGAAUACUGGAGCAGUUUGGCUUGGAGAAACAUUUUGAUGGGGUGGAUGAGGGAAACGAAAUUCGUGACAACAAAGCCAGCCGUGGCGUUUUCGGUGAUAAACGGUUGAGUGAACUUUGGGAAUCUGCCAAGAAACACGGCAAAUUUAACUCUGAGGAACUUGGUGAUCUUCAAACUGAAUUUAACCAUCACAGAGACAAGCUGAAAGAAUACAACCGCCUUCUCAAAAUCUUGGUAGACCAGGAUGAAAUCUCAGAAAAUUCAGUUUUCUCAAAAGCAAAUUUCAAGGAAGAAGAACUUAAGAAAUUACGAGAUAAACUUCAAGAUACCCAUGCCUCCCUGAGCGAUAGCUUUGCAAAACUGAAGGAGAAGGCAACAGGAGAGAAUGUGCGAGGAGAAUUCCAUGACCCUCGUGUGAGUGAGUUGUGGGAGAGAGCACAGAAAGCAAAAUUUACCGAAGAGGAACUGGAUUCCAUUAAGCAAGAGUUGUACCAUUUUGAUCACAAGAUAAUGAAACACAAACAUUUCAGAAAAGAAGCUGAUGAGUCUCGUCGUCUUGUUGAUGAUGGUCAGCACCAUUUUAAAGAGAAGCACGAAAAACUGGCAAAGAAGGCAGAAGAACAUGGAAAAUGGGUAAAGAAAAUGCACUCCACAUUGAUGGACAAAUUGGCUGCAAAGAGCGAGUUGUAGUUAACUGCAGUUAGUCCCACUCUAGUCUGCUUGCUGUUAUGUUAUCACUAAAAGUUAACUCUUUAACUUCCAUGAGUGACCAAGACAGAAUUUCUCCUUACAAUAUCAAUACAAUAUCAACCAGAUAGGUGAUGAGAGUAAAGAAAAAUAUCAAUUUGGGGAUAACAAGCUGAUCCAAUACUAAAUUCUCUGAACCAACUUUAUAAGAAUUGUAUGGUUGACAUUUAGGAGAAUUACAAAUUUGAUCUGGGAGUUAAAGGGUUAGGGCAGGGCAGAAUGCUGAAACCUAAAUUAUUUUAGCUAAUAAUUAAAAUAGAUGCAGGGGGUUAGUUUCGAAAGGAACUGUUGUGCUGGGUUGGUGGGGGAUAUAACAAAGAAUUUUGUUUUAUCAACUGAUUUGGCAAUGUAAAUUGGCCACUGACAUCUUAAAAUGUCAGCUUAAGAGACUCUCCACAGAGGCUAAUUUACAUGUAUCAUUUAUCAACUCAGUACAUAAGACCAAAUUAAGUAGUUACCUAUCAGCAAAAUUUGUAUUUUUGUAAGAAAAAACUUUAGAACAAGUAAACUGUUGAUAUAGCGAAAUAAAUUGUACCCCAGAAAAGCUCUUUAGGCAAGACCUCUCUUCAAAAGGUUAUUCUGCAUGCUUUUUUGUUAAAUUUAGAUUACCUCAGUGUGUAACCUGUUAUCAAACAUCAUAACAAAAACUAUGCUCCUGUGUUUUUUUAAAUUGCAUGUAGAAGGAAGUGUUUCCCCAUUCUAAAAUCAUAAUGAACAAGUUGUGUAGAAUAGAGAUUUGGUUUUGAAAGCUCAUUGAGUUGGAGG